AUGUUUCGUCGACAAUUUCUUUCUCUCCCUUCAAUUGCUGCCUCUGUUCCCCCAGCUCCCCGAAUAGCACCCUCCCCUUUCCGGUCCCUCCUUCGCGGUGCUAAAGCCUCGCGCCAGCCCUUUAUUUACCCCAGAUAUACUCGCCGUUAUAACUCGAGCACGACCGCACCGAGACCCAAGACUCGUUUCCGCCGUUUCAUUGGUUUUGUCACAAUCGCAGCACUCUCAUUCGGUGCCGGUCUAGGCUACAAAGCCCUUGAAAUAACCCUUCGCGUCAUGGCUUCCCCCGUCCCAACCGACGAGGAGACUCUCUCCCUCUACGAGCCCCAAGACGAGACCGCGCAGUCACGCCCACACCUAAAAUUCCCUGAGAUUAUACGCGCCCGCAGUCUGACAGCCGGGACGCUCGCGGGGCCCAAUAAGAUCGUUGUCCCGCCGUACGUGUUCAGCGAGAAGAGCGGCAAGUCUCUGGUGUCAUUUAUGUACCUAGGCUCGGACGUCUGUGGCCACCCUGGCAUUGUCCACGGUGGUAUGCUGGCUACGCUUUUGGACGAGGGAUUGGCGCGCUGCUGCUUCCCUGCGCUACCGAAUAAGGUUGGCGUCACAGCGAACCUGAACUUGGACUACCGGGCGCCGGCCAUGGCCGACCAGUAUGUCGCGCUGCGUGCGGAGACCGUUAAGGUCGAGGGCCGCAAGGCUUGGGUCGAGGGCAGAAUUGAGACCGUGCCGCAAGACGGCUCGAAGCCGGUGGUUCUGGUUGAGGCUAAGGCUUUGUUUGUUGAGCCGAAGCAGGCUGCAACUAUGUCUAAACUGGCCCGGGGUCUCAACGAAUGA